AUGUCGCUGAUUCCAAGCUUUUUCGGUGGCCGACGAAGCAACGUCUUCGAUCCAUUCUCUCUAGACAUUUGGGAUCCCUUUGAAGGUUUUCCAUUCUCCAACAACACCGUUGCCAAUGUCUCCAACACAACAAGGGAUACCACAGCAUUCGCUAAUGCCCGGAUCGAUUGGAAAGAAACCCCGGAAGCCCAUGUGUUUAAAGCUGAUCUUCCGGGCCUGAAGAAGGAGGAAGUCAAAGUGGAAGUUGAAGAAAACAGAGUGUUGCAGAUCAGUGGGGAAAGAAGCCGUGAGCAGGAAGAGAAGAAUGAUAAAUGGCAUCGUCUGGAGAGAAGCAGUGGGAAAUUCCUGCGCCGGUUUAGGCUUCCUGAGAAUGCCAAGGUGGAUCAGGUUAAGGCUAGCAUGGAGAAUGGUGUCCUCACUGUGACUGUUCCUAAACAUGAAGUGAAGAAGCCUGAGGUUAAAGCUAUUGACAUCUCUGGCUAA